AACACAGACACACCCAUGCCUCCGCCCCCGGCUGUCCUUUUAAAAACGUGUUGCAACCGGACUCUGUGUGUGUGUGAGAGAGACGUCUGCAAUUUGCCAACAACAUUCAAUGCAAAACCUGCAGGCAAAGACGGUGAAAAAGUUCAAACUACCAGGCUGCUGUUGCGCUUUUACGCGCCGGAAAUACCUUUAGGAUUUGAAGACUCGACUUCUGGCAGAAACUGUGACUCUUUGGAGAACAGGAUGCAGUCUGUGAGCCUGGCCCUGGAGGAGCUGCUGGUGUCAUCUCAGGAGCAAAACUGCCUGACUGUUGGCAUCUAUGAAUCUGCGAAAUUUCUCAAUGUGGAUCCAGACAGUGUGGUUCUGUGCGUCCUUGCAGCCGACCAUGAAGAGGAUGUGGCGCUGCAGAUCCACUUCACCCUGCUGCAGUCCUUCUGCUGCAACAGUGGUAUCACCAUCCUGCAGGUCUCAGGGAUUCAGCGGCUCCAUCAGCUUCUUGGAGCUGCAGAUGUCAAUAAAGACCAAGACGAGAGAAAAGACCUCCAUUGCUUGCUGGUCACGAACCCUCAGGCGAACCACUGCAGGCUGCAGGAAGUGGGCGCAUACUGUCAGGAGAGUCUACGUCCUGAUCAGUGGGUUCCUACACUGAUCCUGCAGGAACGCUGAAGGCCCAGAUUCUAAUCAGAUGAAGUUGAGUCGGUCCAGUUUGCCAUGGACAACUAGGAGUCAGUCUUUCUUUCAGUGAUGGACAAACAGCUGGUCUCUUAAAUCUGUGUUUUGAGCCAAAAGAUGAACACAUAAAAAAAUGGACUUUAUAUGUUAAUCCGUAGCGAAGCUUAACUGGACUAUUUGCAUGUUUUCUAUCUGGACUAAUUUGUGGGAGAGCUGUCACUGUUUUUGUAACUUACAAUCCAAAUUAAGAAUUUGGGACACUUUUUUUAAGCUUAAUUAAAAUAAAAGAUAACAUUUUGUUUAGUUGUUGCUGCGUUUUGGCAUGAUAGAGCUUUAAUUCACAUUUGCAGAGUGCUUGAUCAAAAAUCUUUAACCGUGUCCCCUUGCAUACAGAGAUUCUUCCCUGAAUCUUCUGAUGUAGGUGGUGGUAUUUGCAAACGCCUGUACAUUUUGCAGUUAAAGAGCAUCUUUAUUUAUAAGGAGACUCCACCUCUGCCUAAAAGACCAGAUAUCAAUGAACUUGUAGGGCACCGAAAGUGUUUUGCUUUCCAGACUUUGUUUUUACCUGGUGCAAAGUGUGCCAAAAAGUUCAUUUAGAGGAUAGAAAUGGGCUCUUCUUAAUUUAAAUAUUUACUUUUUAAAUUAUGUUUGGUUUUAGACAAGACUCAGGUGAUGGCGGGGAGACUCAUCAAUUUUUUUCAUUGGAACUUAAAAACAUCUUUACUUAUUCAAAACUGCAGUUGUAUAACCAUUCACAUUUGAGGUAAAAUUGUGAACUUUCCGUUAAAAUGGCGUGUUGGUGGGAAUGUGAAGUUGUUGAUUUGCAUAAUCACACAUGCAUUACUGUGCUGGUUUCUCCAACAUGGAACAGCUGCCAAUAAUCAUUGUUUGUGAUGGAGUUCAACAGUUUUUUUGUUUUUUUUGUUAGAUGUUUUAUUGUAAAACUAAAAAACAAAAAAGUUAAAGUUUCUGAAAAAACAUGCUUACUUCUUUUAAAAUAUAGGUUCAAUGUUUUAUAUUUUUUUUACUUUGUAAAGGGUCCUUGAGUUUUCUUAAAGGCGCUUUCAAAUAAAAUUGAUGAUGAUGAUGAUGAUGAUGAUGAUUAUUAUUAUGUACAGCAAAGGAAUACUUGUUUCUGAUGACAAUACUGCUUAAGUGUAAAUAAACAGUACAAUAAGUAAAAGUAAACAGUGAAAGAAUUGUGA